AUGGAGUCGUACCUACGGCAACUGGGCGAGUGGCGACGCGGCGCCACGAACUUCUUCGGCAACAACCGCAGGCACUUCAAACCGACCCCACCUUCGGUGAUCGACUUGAGCCGCCUUCGGCAGGCGCAACAACCGCGAAGCCAGCUACAUCAGCAGCUGCUGAGCAGAAGGCGCGGAUCCUUCUUCAGGGACAAGGCCACGUCAGCUCGUUCGGGUGUGCAGGAGGCCACGGCCAACUGUUGCCUGACGGCUCGAGGCCUGUACUCGCAGUCCACGGUUCCAGGGUUCAUCCAGAUGGCGCAAGCUCGGAACCCGUUUCGCAUCAUCAUCUGGUUCGUGGCCUUCGUCGGCCUCGGCUCGGUGGCUCUGAGCAACCUGUACGAACUGAUGCACGAGUACUUCCAGUACCCGCUCACUGUGAACAUACGCCUGGAGGACGUCAACAAUGUGGAGUUUCCGGCCGUGACGUUGUGCAACCUGAAUCCCGUGCGAAAGAGCCUGUUGUGCGGACAAGAGACGGACCUCGACUACACGCUGCAGGAGUUCCUCUGCAACAAGACGGCUGAGAUGACUGUGACGCGAGGCGAGGACGAAGGCCAGCUCGAACAGUUCGUCAUGUGGCUGGCAACAAAGCAGCGGACUGAGCCGGAACUCGCGAAGACGCUGGGCCACCAACUGCCCGAUCUACUAAGGACCUGCAGCAUUCAAGGAAUCAAAUGCGACUUAGACAGGAUGUUCACCCUCGUCUUCAGUUCCAGAUACGGGAAUUGCUUCUGCUUUCAUUGCAACAGCAACGAUGAACCAGUAUUUCGCUAUCGGAGACUUGGAAGGCCGGAACAAGGUCUGGAGUUGCUUAUCGCAGUGGAGCAGUAUGAAUACCUUCCCAUCACACCCGAAGCCGGCUACAUGGUGAUGAUACACAAGCAGGGGCACGAUCCCGAAGAAGCUACCGACGGCAUUUUCGUAGCCCCUGGACAGACAACCUACGUUGGUGUCACCGUGCUCUGCCUCAAGCUGUGCCAGCAAGGAGCCGUGCUGAAAAACUGCAGCUGUGAGUCGAGCUUCAUGCCCGCUCCGUCCUACAACAGCUACAACGUCUGCGACGUACUCAACAACAACGGAAUAUUACGCAUGGUGAACAUUCUGAAGUGA